AUGGCUGACAUCAACACCAUCGGAUCCCAGUUCACCGAAUUCUACUACAAGACUUUCGAUUCCGGUCGCAACCAACUCGGUGCUCUUUACCGCCCUACCUCAAUGAUGAGCUUUGAGGGUGGCCAGACUUUGGGUGACGCGGCCAUUGUCGAGAAGCUGUCUGGUCUCCCUCUCGAUGGCCUGGUCCACAAGAUCUCCACCCAGGAUGUUCAGCCCCUCGCCGAUGGAUUGUUGAUCACCGUCACUGGCCAGCUCCUUGCUGGAGGUGAGACCAACCCCCAAUUCUUCACCCAAACUUUCCACCUCAGGCCUGACGGUGGCUCGUUCUAUAUCCAAAAUGAUAUUUUCCGUCUUGUUUACGGAUUGUAA